AUGCGAAUCAACCCAAGCUUGUGGACCAUCGUAUUCUGGCCUCAGUUGAUUUCCGGCUUGGGAUUGUUGGAAUAUCGCAUCCAAAAUGGCUACGUGGCUGAAGUCGGAGAGUUCCCGAGUAUUGUUCUGUUGACCGGAGACACGCACAGAUGUACGGGCACUCUGGUUGCACCGGAUAAAAUACUGACGGCUGGGCAUUGUGCCUGCGGAGAUCCAAUGACACGGGCCUACGCCAAUAUUACCGACCUUGAUCAACGUAACAGCGAUACUGUACAACUCCGCUCGAUAGUGGAUGCAUCCUAUCCCGAGUCUUACACCUCCGCAUGCAAAAAGUUGUCAGACGGGGAGGAUGAAGAUCCGAUAGGGUUGGGUGGGGCAACAGACAUUGCGAUUCUGUGCACAGAUAGACCGUUCCAUUUGAAGCGUGGUUUCAUUGAACUAAGCCGUCUCAUGUUACAUCCAACGGAAGAGGAACGUGAAAAAUUGCUUCACGGUCUAGUCACUCCAAACUCAUUGGUUCUUGGAUUCGGUCGGGAUCCCUCAACUGAAACAACAGGUUUACUUCGAUUUGGUUUUGUCGACAUUACUCCGUGUCCGCGGGAUAUACAAAUCAACACCACAGGUGCUCUCUGCGCCAAUGAGAACACCAACUCCCAAACUCCGGAGGUUGGUGAUAGCGGUGGUCCCGUGGUCGAUCAGAGUGGACAUGUGAUCGGAGUGACGUCGAUUUCCGGAUAUGGAUGGGUUGUGUUUUCCAGUGUGAUGACCAACUUGGAUUUUAUUCGAAAUCAUUUGGUGUGA